UGCUUUACGUGCUGACGUUAGAUUAUCUUCUCAAGAUGCUGCUCUAUUUACUUCCGAUUUUAACCUGCUCUCUGUUCGUAGGGGAAGCACGCGGCCGAGUCACUUGGAAUCGAACCGCGUUGGACUCAUUCCAAGCUGGAGUCGAAGCAACUUGGAAUCGAACCCACUUGACUCUGGCUUCGCAAGACUGCCCCGGAGGCUACUCCCUCGUGGGCGACAAAUGCCUCAUGUUCGUCACCUUCGCUGCUGAACCCUAUCAGGGAGCCAGAUUUUUCUGCCAUGCAGCCAGAGGGGAGCUGGCUGCCAUCACCACGGCCACGGACUUCAAGAAUUUAGUCGAUUACAUCCACGCCAACGGUUUCUUCGGCCGAACUUUCUGGGUGGACGGAACAGACGAAGCAGAAGAGGGCGUUUGGGUGACGUCGUCAGGAGUAGCCGUGCCCUUAGGAACCCCGUUCUGGGCCGCUUUUGAUUAUCAGCAACCCGAUAACGCCCGCGGGAAUGAACACUGUCUAUCCAUUCCAUCGGCUUGGUUUCUCUAUAUGAAUGACGUCCCUUGUUCUGACACAAAGAACUUCAUAUGUGAAGCCACCGUCCAAAGGCAGGAGGAGGCCGCAAGCGCAGCGCUGGCUCCCGUCGGCCCGUCGGCGGUGGGCGGCCGCGUCACGUGCCCCAUCCUCUUCGUGGAGGUGGGAGGCCUGUGCAUGAUGUUCGUCACGUGGGCGGAGCAGACCUGGGGCGAGGCUCGGCAGACGUGUGCGGGAGCCUCCGGCGACCUCUUGGCCAUCACCGAUGUUGAAGUGUUGCGAGCUGUGUACCUCUACAUACACGCACAUGGUUUAUCUGGCCACACUUUCUGGCUUGGAGGAUCCGAUCUGGCGAGAGAAGGAACUUGGGUCUACACCACAGGGGAGCCUGUGCCCAUGGGCACCCCUUUCUGGGGUCUUUCUGACAUGAGUGCUCCGUCCCAGGAACCCAACGGAGGAACCAGGGAGAACUGCCUCGCGAUCGGCAGUUUUUACAAUUUCAGGGAUUAUUCAUGUGGCUCAAAGUUCAAGCCACUGUGUGUCUACAGGGGAUGAGCAAAGUGCAUGGAAAGCGUACAAGAAAAAAAAAUGUUUAAAUAGUAAUAAAAAAAUUAUGCUAACAUGAAGUAGAAUAAAAUAUAUAUAUAUGAUAAAUAAAACACAUUUUGCUUUUGUCUUGUAAGCGUUCUUUCAAUGUAUUAGUGACUAAUAAAGGUGCAAAUAUAUA